CGUGCGCGCCACGCUUAGGCCAGCGUCUCUUCAGUGCUCUCUGCUGUCGCCGAUUCAUUCCUCCCGCUCACGCACCGAUCGACUCGCUCAAGUCAGAAUGGCGGACGCUGCACUGGUCGGCACGUGGGAUCUCAAGGACAGCAAGAACUUCGACGAGUACAUGAAGAAGCUCGACGUGAGCUUCGCCACCAGGAAGAUCGGCGGCGUGACCAAGCCCACGGCCGUCAUCAGCAUCGACGGGGACAAGGUGACUGUGGAGUCGCACAGCACCUUCAAGAACACCAAGAUCACGGGCAAGCUGGGAGAGGAGUUCGACGAGGUCACCGCGGACGACAGGAAGUGCAAGACCACGCUGACGGUGGACGGGAAGAAGCUGGUGCAGCUGCAGAAGUGGGACGGCAAGCAGACGACCCUCGUGCGGGAGGUGGUGGAUGGCAAACUCGUCGUGACGUGCACCAUGGACGACGUGGUCUGCGUGAGGACGUACGAGAAGGCGGCGUGAGGGAGGGGGGUGUUCCCUGUGAACCCAGAAGCCACUUCCUGCCCCCACCUCCCGCGACUUGUUCCGUUAAAAACGAUUUCCUCCCGUGCAUCCACACUGCUGCUUAAAUCGACAAUGAUGAGCAAACGGUUUGAAAUUCACUUUUUCCCACCGAGCGAACUUGCGGUGUGAUUUUUGCCAGUCCCAAUUGCUCUUUUGGCGUUGGGUGGCCCAUAUCGUGGUUUAUUACCAAAGAGACCCGUUGCCACACGGUUUGAAAUGAAUACUUAUUCACCCGCCUGCUCUGUUCAAUAAAACUUUCCGCUGCCAAA